AUGUUAAUGAAUACUUUGCCCCUUGAUCGAAAGAAAUGGAUUCGCACAGAGCUUCUUGGAUGGAUUGUCCGUCUUUCUGGUGGUCCUAAUGUUAUUGUUACAAAGCUUUGUCUGGCUCUCACUGCUUAUGCAAUACAAGCUGUGCCAGAUAUUUGGUCAAAUUUUAUACCUGACUUUUUCGAAAUGUUACAUUCUGGAGUAAUUGCUGCUCAAAAUCAGGGCCAGUCCUUAUUCUUCGAGUUACCGCUCCUAGAAUUUCUUACUGUUGUUCCUGAGGAAGUUUUACGAGCAGACUUAAUUGGGGAGCGAAA